AUGUCAUAUGCAAAUCAGUAUCAGACCAAUAUCACUGUUGGACCACAGUAUCAGGGGCUACUUGGUAUAGUGAUGUUCUCCAUUCUGACAACCCUGCCAUGCUGUGUGUUUCUUUCCAUUAAUGGGAUCAUGUUAUUCACUUUGAGGAGUAAACCAGUAUUUCGUGAGACCUCCCGUUACAUUCUUCUGUAUAACCUACUUUUUGCAGACACUGUAUUGCUGGCACAGAGCCAGUUACUGUACAUCAUUGCUGCUUUUAGAUUAAGGAUGUCAUAUCCUGUAUGUGGUGUUCUUACUAUGCUUGCUUAUCUCACAAAUGAAAUCUCUCCUCUCACACUGGUGUUAAUGUCUCUGGAGAGAUAUGUAGCUGUGUGCUACCCACUGAGGCACGCUACCAUCAUCACUAUCAGAAACACAGGUGUGGCUAUUGUUGUAAUUUGGGCCUUUUGUUCAUUAAAUGUCCUCACUCGAGUUCUUUUACUACUAAAUUUUCCAUUUGGAGAUCUGGAGAGCCUGCAGAUGAAAGACUAUUGCUCUGACAUAGCUAUGAGGCUUGGUGCAUUGUCUGAUUAUUAUGACAAAGCCUACACUAGUUUUCUGUUUGUUUCAGCUGGUGUGGCAAUCACUUCCUCCUAUAUUGGUGUGAUAGUAGCAGCCAGGUCAGCCUCCACAAAUGAAGCUUCAGCCCGUAAAGCUCGUAACACACUGCUGCUGCACCUGGUGCAGCUGGGCCUCAGUCUCUCCUCAACUAUGCACAAUCCACUGCUUGUAGCUAUUUCAGAAAUAGGAAGUAGGUUAAUAAUUGUGCGUAUCCAGAUUGUUAUUUAUGUGUGUAUUAUCCUCUUCCCCAGAUGUCUGAGUUCUCUUAUCUAUGGGCUCAGAGAUCAGACCAUCAGACCUGUCCUUAUGUACCAUCUAUGCUGUCGACUGAAACUCUCAGUCAUCCCAGCCAAAGCUGAGGUGCUGCAAUCACGUCCUCCUAUAUUGGUGUGAUAGUAGCAGCCAGGUCAGCCUCCACAG